UAAAAUUCAAACAACGAAUAUCUAAAUAUCAUUUUCUUUGAAUGUCCAAACGCAAAUUUACAAAUUUGUCGCUCCAUUAUUUAAAAACCGCACUGCGUCUAAUGACAUCGAUCAGCAGAUUUUCCGGGAAAUUUGAAUUUUCGAUCGAUGAAAUUCAAUUUUGUUAUCUGAUUAUAAAACAAAGCGGAAAUUAUGAAGGUAUAAAAAAAUAGAAAAGAAAUGGCGUUAACCAAAGUACAUGAUGAAAAUGAAAAUAUAUCAAAAUUAAUAUUCCAUCCAUAUGAAAAAUUGAUCAAACGGUAAAACUAGAAUCUUAAAAUUUAUUUCUAACGUGAAGAAGAGACAUAACAAAGAAAUGAAAUGUAUUGAACCAGUAGACGUCCUCAAUUGAGAAAUAAAGACAUCGAAGGCGAAAAGCAGCAGGUUGAUGUUAAGUGGGGAGAUAUUAAAAUGGGUCAAGAGUAUCUACACGAUGACAGUGUACGUUGUUCGACUUCACGCUCGAUGCCUUCGUGAAGAGAUCCUUCUGCGAGUUUGUCGCGAGGAUCAUUAAGAUCACGGCAUAAUACCAUCAUCGUUUCCCGCAAUGUCAUUAACAAUGAGAAACUCGGUCAAUUUAAAUUAAUUUCGGCGUAUAUAAUAAAUUCGCGAUAAAUUUUGUAACUAAAAAUAUUCCUGUGGUAUACAAUUUAUUAAGAAACAGAAUACAGAAAUGAAAUUGUAUUUACAGAAUAAUCAUCUUACCACAUCAAUAACAAUUAAAGAACGUUCAUAUACAUGUAGUUUGUGUAUGUUCUUGAAUCGUUAUUAGUUUAAGUAGAAACUUUGAAUCGCGUGAUGCGAUGCUGUUAUAUGAAACGAUUAUCAAUAUAAUCACUUUGAGUUUAAACGUCGUUGAAAAGAAGAAGCGGAUAUUUUUCUGUGAAAUUUAAGAAGAUUAUUUUCAUGGUGUACGGAUCGCGCAAAAUUGCGGAGUCUGUGACCACCACGGGGACGACUUGGCUAUACAACACUACCAUUGCAGGCGAGAUGAGCAGCAGCGGAGGGUUAGGAUUCGGUGUCGGUGUCGGUGUCGGCGUCGCCGGUGGUCCAACCCUCGCAGCCGCUCAACAAGGCCAAGGGGUGGCCGCUCUUCUGGUGAUGCUUGCUGUGCUUUGUUUUAUAUUCGCUUAUUGCUGUUGGGGUGCUCCGUUCUGUAGAUCUUUAUGCAGACGACACUGUUGUUGUCGACUCGAGGAUCCUGAACCAGAUUCACGAUUUAGCAACAACGAUCAAACGAUGGUAGCAACACCAACAAUUAUUUUAUUACCACACGGUAGAAUGCUCGUUGUCGAUGGUACAAUCUUUACACAGUUCCAAACAGAUCCAACUGGUUUAGAUUUAGUGGAAUUAGGUGACAGUGUACUACGAGCUCAAAGAAAUCCAAGAAGUAUAAAUCGUCAUCAGUUGCAAAAUAGUCAAGGUAGCAUACUUGAAAUGGAUGCAGAAACACCAAGUAAAGACAGUUUAGGAUCUGUUGGAUGUUUUCCACCACCAACUUAUGAAAGUAUUUAUGGAAAAGAAGAAUCAGAUAUGCCGCCGUCGUAUUCCGAUAUCUUAUUACAUAGGUUUGCUAAUCUUCCUCAUGACAUAAAUAUGCACAAUUAUUGUCACGAUAGUAAAGAGGAAAUUGAGAUGCAAAGCUUAGAUGGUUGUCCACAUAUACUUAGUAAUCCAAUGAAUACGAUAGCAUAUCCUUAUGCGACAGUAACGAAUUUCUCGAGUCAAAGUUUUCCACGGAGGAAUGUCUCGAGAAAUCCAUCAAUCAUUAGCAAUCCACUUGAUAGUUAUUACGUAGAUAAUGAAUUAGAAUUAUAUCGAUUAAGCCAGGAGAUGGUACCACGAGUAUUUAGUAAUACAAACUUCGAAGCUCUUAGAACUUACCAAGAUGAAACGUCGUUUUAUAAUAUGAACGGAAAUGAGAGUGAACAACAAAAUGAUAUGUUAUCGAAUAAUGGAAAUUAUUGUACAUCCGAUAAUAAUAUUCAACGAAACAACGAAAGAAUACUUUUAAAUAAUAGUGAUGAAGUAUCAAGUAAUAUAACAUCGGCAAAUGAGCUAAUGAACACGAGAAAUCUGGUUCGAAGUAUAUCAAGAAUUAGUCAAGAAAGUAGAAAUAACAUAGAGAAUUCACAAAGAGAUAAUCAAGAGACUGGCAUAGUUUUUGUUCGAUUACCUCAUUCUGAGGAUCACAAUAAUAGCCAUACUCCGCAAAAUUGGUAUAACAAUACUAAUGAAAACGAUAGACCAGCAAUACAAGUAAAUCAAGAAAAUCAAUCUAUUCUAAGAAAUAUACAUUCCGAAAACGAGCAGAUGAAUGAAACUAAUCACAACGUGGAAUCUAAUUCAAUGACAUAUUACAUUAGAAAUCAAAACACUGAUGAAGUUAGAUCGCACAGAUUGGAAAAUGAAUCGGCUUAUUCCGACGAAGAACCUAGAAAUUUUGGAGCAUUGGCAGAUAUCCGUGAAAGUCGAGUGUAACGCAUAACAUAUAAUAUAAAAAAUGUACAUUAAAAAUCAAUAGAAAGCUCUUUGACCAAAUGAUAUCGACAAUUAUAUUGUAAAAAAUUCACAAUAAAUAUGGAAGUAUAUUUUAUCAACAAAACAUUUCGUUUUUAUAAGAACUAAUUAUUUUAUUUUAAAUUAUAAACUUAAUACAAUAAAAUUUACACUAAAUUUAAUAUAAAAAUCUAUAAAUGAAAUUAAUAUUAUUUAAAUUUAAUUAAAUAAAGUUUAAGAUUCUUCGAAUUAUUGAUUCUUAAUAUUUAUUAUAAUGAAUUUCAUAAUAAUAUUUAAAAAAAUCUACAAAAGUUUUGUGUAAAUAAUUUAAUUGAUCUGAGAAUUAUCGAAUCGUUAAAGUUUUAAAAAUAAUUUUAUAUACAAAAAAAAUACAAUCAUUUUAAUAAUUAAUUAUGACACAAUAAUAGAAAAAAUAACAAUAGAGCAAAGUUAGUUCAGUCCGUCCAAAGGUUAAUCUACACACUAGAUUCAAUAAGUGUUAAGGAAAUAAUU